CAGCUGAUGAUGUCCCAUCUUUUAGCUGCAAAAGCUACGGAACUUAGCAAACAGCUAGCGGUGUAGCGUCGUUAAAAUGCUUACGAGGUUUUAGCUGCCCGUUACAUGAAUGGGCUGUUUAAGAGUUCAGCAAAGGUGUGUCGGCAGAUACAGACGGGUCUCGUAAAGGUGCCAGGCUUCACCGGCGCUGGAGUACCGCGCGUAGCUCAGAGCUGCUCACGUUAGCUAACUUGUGUAGUUUUGACAGAAGGAUCAGAGGAGUGUCGGCUAACCGGGCUAACAGCUAGCUGAUUAGCUUCAGAACAACGUAGCUGGUUAUUAAAUACUUGGGUCUCCCUCGACUGAGUUUGAGCGCUGCCGUUUUUCCAGCGAUACCAACCCAUGUGAACCCUGGGUGAGAUCUGGACCUGAGUCUUGGGUCGUCUUAUGAUGUUCAGAGCUUUUUUCGUUGCAUCACCUGACCCCUCCUGUUUGAUUUAACCAGCACUAUAUUGCCACUCCUAAAACCAAGCCCACAUCUCUGCUUGGCAACACUAUGAUCAUUCACGCUGACCCCACCCAGCUCACUGGGACAAGAAUCCCACGAAACCAAGCUCUCCAAAUGAUAUGAUAGUAGCCACUUGGAUCACUUUUUGUGCUUGCAGGAGCCUUGCACAGGUUCUGCUCUUCCUUUCCUCCUCAAACUCCCUUUCUCCAUUCUGGGAGACCCUUGCCAGUGUGGUCUCUGGCACAGGAACCAUGGGUAACAGCUGUGUGUGCCGGGAGGAUAGUGACUUGGAGGAUCAUCAUCAUGGGUCGUCAAGGGCAACACGAGGACAAGCUAGGCGGGUGGAUCACAGCACCGGUGUAGGUGUUGAUACGGGAGAGGCGAGGAGCAGUCGACCCAGGGACCCAGUGAGGCCGCCACGCCGAGGGCGAGGGCCACAUGAGCCAAGACGGAAGAAGCAGAAUGUGGAUGGCCUGGUGCUGGACACAUUGGCUGUCAUCAGGACACUUGUAGACAAUGACCAAGAGCCCCCUUACUCCAUGAUCACUUUGCACGAGAUGGCAGAGACAGAUGACGGUUGGCUGGAGGUUGUCCAGUCUCUGAUUCGAGUGAUCCCAUUGGACGAUCCGCUUGGCCCUGCAGUGAUCACCCUCCUAUUGGACGAGUGUCCCCUGCCCACCAAGGAUGCUCUCCAGAAACUGUCCGACAUGUUGAGUCUGAGUUCGGCUGUAGCACGACAGGACGCACUAAACCCAGCUAAACACAGAAACACCACAGCUGUCCUUGGAUGCCUGGCAGAGAAACUGGCUGGUCCGGCUAGUAUUGGAUUGUUGAGUCCUGGAACCCUUGAGUACCUUCUAGAGAGUCUGAGCUCUGAGGCCCACCCUACUGUCAUGCUGUUUGCUCUCAUCGCUUUGGAGAAGUUCUCCCAAACCAGUGAGAACAAGCUGACGGUGUCUGAGUCGUGCAUCAGCAAUCGACUCGCUGUUUUGGAGUCGUGGGCAGAGAAUCCUGACUACCUGAAGAGGCAGGUUGGCUUCUGCUCACAGUGGAGCCUCGACAACUUGUUCCUAAAGGAAGGUCGUCAGUUUACCUACGAGAAGGUCAACCUCACUAACAUCAACGCCAUGCUCAAUAGCAACGACGUCAGCGAGUACCUAAAGAUCUCCCCUACUGGAUUGGAGGCACGAUGUGACGCCUCGUCCUUUGAGAGCGUGCGUUGUACAUUCUGUGUGGAUUCAGGCGUUUGGUACUACGAGGUGACGGUCAUUACAUCAGGCGUGAUGCAGAUCGGAUGGGCCACCAAGGACAGCAAGUUCCUCAACCAUGAGGGUUAUGGGAUAGGAGACGAUGAAUACUCAUGUGCGUAUGAUGGCUGCAGGCAGCUCAUCUGGUACAACGCUCGCAGUAAACCUCACUCUCACCCCUGCUGGAAGGAGGGAGAUGCCAUCGGCUUCCUGUUGGACCUCAGCAAGAAGCAGAUGAUUUUCUAUCUGAAUGGACAUCAGCUGCCGCCAGAGAAACAGGUCUUUUCCUCAGCCACGUCCGGUUUCUUUGCGGCAGCCAGCUUUAUGUCGUACCAGCAGUGUGAGUUUAACUUUGGGGCCAAGCCUUUCCGUCACCCACCCUCCGUGAAGUUCAGCACCUUCAACGACUUUGCCUCACUGCUGCCCAGUGAAAAGAUCAUCCUACCCAGACACCGGCGUCUGGCCUUACUUAAGCAGGUUAGCAUCCGGGACAACUGCUGCACGCUGUGUUGUGACGUCAUGGCUGACACAGAGCUGCGGCCCUGUGGACACGGGUAUGUGUGCACAAACAAUGCUUCUACGUUCCAAAAUACCCAAACUGUAGGAACCAACGUGCUCUCCUUUUGUUCCCCCGGAGGGGACUCUCUAUGGUCGCGCACACUUGUUCGCCGUUUCCUUGGUAACAACGUUACGUUCGCUGAUUAUCAAACACGUUAA